AUGACGCGACAUUUUCAAGCGCCAAAUGCCGAGAGGGGACUCCUGGUGUGUCUCUUCUUCAUAUUGGCCGAAUGCCGUAUUGAGCUUGAUUCGUCGUCAGAAGAGUACCCCGAGAAGGAGUAUACAAACAGAAGGUCCACUCUAGAAGCAUUCCGAAACCGUAAGAUUCCGACGGAAGCUGAGGAAUUAACUGGGCAAGAACUGGUUGACUAUGUGAACAGCCAUCAGUCGCUGUGGAAGCGUCUCGUCCGCGUAAACCAUUGGGUAUUCAGGCAAGGGUUGAAUCGCCGGCGUUCGCCCAUUAUCGGACCCGAACAAAAUGGCGCCCAUUGGGAGUGA